UGAAGCUUACACCCUAGAUUGACCUUGACCCCUAAGCUGUUCAAUCUUGAUCCUGGAUCCAUCAAAGUAAGUUGUGCGCAGAUCUAAUCUGUUCUGAAUUUCUGAUGACGAAAGACGUAAAACAACUCGGAGAAUUACCGAAGGAUGUUCAAGUUAACAUCCUGACAAGAUUGCCUGCUAAGUCUGUUAAACGGUUCAUGUAUACUUGUAAAUCCAUGUUCUCUUUGUCGACAACUCUAGAUCUCAUGGAUUUAACCAACACACAAAGUCGCAAUACCGAGUACCAUAUCUACUCUCGUUGCAGUAAUGAUGGCGAACAAUCUUUUAUCUUAUGUAAAGAUGAUACAUCUUCAUUAAUCAGAGAUGAAAAGGCCAUUAAUAAUGUACCUGUUACUGCAACCCACUACUUUGUGGGUUCUUGUCAUGGAUUGGCCUGCUUUGCGAAUAUCUUUAAUCUUGAAGAUUUAACCUUAGUUGUUUGGAACCCUUUUUUAGGUAAAUCAUUAAGCAUCCCUAUUACUCCUCUAGCCUCCAAUACUAGGGGAUGUAGUGCAUUAGGGUUUGGUUUUGAUCUCUCCUGUAUCGACUUCAAGGUUGUCAGAAUCGGGAUUCAUAAUAACACUAACACCCGUAUUUGGGCAGAUGUUUAUGCAUUAGAUUCGGCUACUUGGAAAACGGUCCGUGGAUCACUUUCACACCCGGUAUCGAAGAUUAUGGACAAAGGAAUAUUUGUCAAUGGAGUUCUACAUUGGAUUUUGGAACGGAAACAACAACAGCAACAACAACAACAACAACAACAACAACAACAGUAUGUGUUGGUGACAUACAAUCUAAGCAAGGAAGUUUUCGGGGAGAUUGAUGUUGCUGAGUAUAUUGUUGAUAAAAGUAUGAACCUAACGAAACUUGUAAUAAGAGGAGAGGAGAAGCUUGCAAUAUACCACAAUGAUCACAUAUGUAAUGUGUGGGUGAUGGAAGAAUAUGGUGUGAUUGAUUCUUGGAAGAAACUUUGUUCAGUUGAUUGUAAAGAGGCGUAUGGGAAGGUCUUAAAUGUUGCGGCUAGCGGAAAAAUUGUCUUGUCAAAGAGUGACGGAGAAUUGAUAUUGUUUGAUCCAACCAAUGAAAAAACCACAUUAUUAAACAAAAACAAGACUAUGACGCUUGAUUAUGAUUAUAUAGGGCCUUACGUGGAAACCCUAGUUUUACCGGGCUACCAACAUCAUCAAACAUUCUCAUACUCCUCGUCCAACUCUAUGAACAAGAGAAAGAGACAAAAGUGCAGUGGCUCGAUCUUUUAGAGAUGGACGUACUUUGCUAGUUUGAGCUAGCGUGUCUGGAUCCAAUUGGAAGGGAGCUAUCAGCAACUUUUGUUUAUUUUAUUCCUGGGAAUUAAUUAUUAUGUGAGGAAUAUUUAGUUACUAUGAACCAUGCAAAACGUUACUAUUUCAAUUUCAAUGUUUUUCAGCUGAAAGUUGACACUUUUCAUGUAUUAUAUAUGGUUGAUGAUUUUGUUUCCACAAACGUAACUUUUUUUUUGUCUGU